AUGCAGAACUCUGCCAGGUCGAGAGAAAAUGAUGCCGAGGAUAACAGAGAAGUAACAGAUCAUCAGGAUAAGUUACCAAAGAACAGAACGGAACGCCAGACAGCAAGAGAAGCGCGAGGAAACCCAUCAGAGAUUCAGAACCCACCCAUAGCUGAAGCAAAUGAGGACAUCGCAAGCCAAAGGGCUAGCAUAAGUAGAAGGCGUGAUGCUCUUUCGUCAACUGCAACAAGUGCUGCUACUACUAGACAGCAUUCUGAUGGAAUUCGUAAGCACACCGCUACUCACAAUCAGGAAGACGUACAACAGAAAACCUCUGCGGAAAGCAAAAAAGACAAACAGACGGUAGAAGAACCACGUCUUUCUGGGCGUAUAGAAAAUGAGCAAGAAGAAAAACUAGAACAGUUACAGGCUCAAUUGAAACGGAUGAGCAUGGAACAAUCAAGAUUACAUUCCCAGCUGUACCAGGCUCAACAGAAGGAGAAAAAUAUGGUUCGUGAGUUUAACACAAGGCUCAAUCGUUACCAACUGGAAAACCAAGAAUUGUCUGAGCACUUGCAGGCCAAGCGUGAGGAAUCGAAACAGCUCAGGAUAUCUUAUGCUUCUUUACAAGAGACGCUAGAUGAAAUUCAAGAACGCGCGUUUCGAUCCAUGAAUAAAGGCGGAUGGACAGCACCAGAAGACGGGAAAGUCCGCGACAAUUUCCUAAGACUAGAGGAAAAAAUCAAGAAAUGGGCCAAAACAAACGCUUUUCAAAAUGUCAGUGGCAGGAAUUUGGAUCAUCUGACAGUUGCUCAAAAGCAAGAGGUCAUAGAAAGCUUGUCUGGCUAUUGUGUUUCAGGCAAUUGGGAUCAAAUCAUUCAAAUGAUGGCUCCAGCUGUUGCCAAAAAGGUACCUUACCUGUUUGCCCAAGCAAUGCUUUCAAAGGAUAUUUUUGGCGGCAUAUUUGAGAAUCCUUUCUUUACGCUGGAUGUGCUUGGGGAAGCCAAAUUUCCAGCUUCAUCCCAACUCUUCGGUCUUUACCGGGCUAUGCUCGAAAUCGACGAAACUGAAGCUCACACCUGGCGGGCACAGAUGCUCCGAAUUCUACAGACACCUAACAGGGUUUCCAAAUCGGACAUCGCCUUCGGCGGGAGGUUAGAGGCGGGUCUUUCACGAAUGGCAGAGCAACGCUCAGAUCAAUUUCUUUCUGGAUCAGUGAAAUAUUUACUUAGUACGUCAGGCGGAAAUGAUCAGUCUGUAAAGAAAGCAUUGGCAGACAUAUACACCUUUGCGGGACAGCUGUCGUUGUCAGUAUGGACGCAAAGAUCCUUUUUGGACUGUCCCAAACUCCAGCAUAAUGUCUGUUUCGUUAAUGGGCAUGAAUUAAUGAGUGCCCAUGCAAUCCAUCGUCUUGAUGACGAGGAAGAUACACGACUUGAUGGACAUUCCAUCAUCGCUAUCAUUCAGCCAGCUGUCCUUGCCUUUGGAAAUGAUGACGCGGAACACUAUGAACAACACAAAGUAUGGGCGGGGGCAAUUGUUUUAGUCGAUGAAAGUACAUAA